AUGCCAAAAAUUCAUCAAGCGAAAGUUCUGUUCCUGACCGCGUUGCUAAAUGUUGGCAGCCAGGCGAGACCCGUGGAGGCAGGUGUGCUGGAUGCCAAUGGUUGCUAUAGGCAGACGAUCAGGGAACCCGUUGCAGGCAACCCCAAACUGAUCACAGAAACGGUGCGUCUCAUCUGUCCCAAUGGACAGCCACAAGCUAAUCCUCGGCUAAUAGUGGUGCCUGCGCAAAUGGUUCCAAUUGCCACAUCUAACGUUCCGGCUGCGCCCAAUCACACACACGUAAUCAGCACCACCAAGUCAAAUGGAACUCACACACAAACCAUUCUGUUGCAUCCUGCUCCUGGUCCUGGCCCAGCUCCAGUUCCCGCAGCAGCUUUUCUUCCAGCUGCAGCUCCUGCUCCUGCGCCUGCUCCUGCCUCUGGUUCUGAUCCGAAAACGGCCUUAGCUAUAGUGUAUCCUAAUCAACAGCAAUCACCACAGCCCGUAGCUCCACCACAGGUGAUUCUCUUGUCCAAAACGGUAAAGAAACCGAAAUCGUCUGCGCCUACUUUGGAUGCUUCGCAUUUCCUUUUAAUUUUCGUGAUUAUUUACCUUUUAAUUGAUCAACUUUAA